UCGUAAGGGCCUCAAUUUGGUCUUCAUCAUCAUUGUCAUCAUCGUAUCCAAACCUCAAUGUUCCAUUGAUUUAGCAUGAAAAGUGUCGGAGACGCCGAAGCCAUGAUCAAGACAUUGGCGAACGAAAUCCCUGGUCAGCAGGCCUCCGCCCUUCAGGCACGAAAAUUUCAAACCCACCCUACCAUCCAAUGGUCGCCCGUCUAGCGUUUAAACGCCAACAACAACACUAAUAACACUAACAAUAGUUCUAUGGUGAGUUCAUUGCUGCCUGAGGAGCAUCCCUCACCAACGCUGGACCUCAUCAAGGCCAGCAACGAGAGUGAUCGCGUCCCGACCCUCAAGGAGUUGCUCAAGACUUUUCCUAAUCCCAUCCAAGGACGAUCCGUGCAUUUCCUGCCGGCCACUUUGAUCUGGUCCGUCCCAGUCGAAUAUCCCAUGGGAAUUUGCGUCUUGGCGGACAACCGAUUACUCCUCACUCAGUCCCAAGCCAACGCCGUCCAAUUGCGGGACCGGGCCUCGGGACGGAUCUUGGCCACGAUUGGUUUGCCCGAAGGACAGACAUGGAAGCGACCCAGCGACGUGGUGGCCUUGGCCGAUGGUCGCUUUGGUGUGCGCGAUGAUUUCGGGAUCCGGAUCUUCGAUGACGAGGGUGGGUUUAUCAUGAAAGUGGGCGAUGAACGAUUAGGUCGAUGUUAUGGAUUAGCGGCUGACGGGAAAGGUCACAUGCUCACAUUGAAUACGAAUGCCUUUGGUUUUCCGGAAAAGAAUGUCACGGCCAAGGGUCAGACCGACUUGUUGUACAUCGAUAUCAAUACCGGAAGUAUUGUACGCCAAGUCGAGUUGUGCGAUAUCAUUGCGAAUGCCGCCUUGUCGAAAUGUAGAUUCCUCCAUUGCCGAGGCUCCAAGAUCUAUGUGGUGGAUCUGGGUUUGGAUCAGGUUUAUGUAUUGGAUAGUCUCAAGACCUGGGUGCGGAAGUUUGGAUCCUCAGGUAAGUUCUUUGGACAAUUUGCGGAUCCCGCUGGAUUGGUGACAGAUCGCAAGGGAGUCACCAUGGUGGCCGAUAGUCGAAAUCAUCGGGUUCAAAUUUUUGACCGACUUCGCAACUUCAUAGGCUUUGUGAAGUUUGACGUGCCCAUCAAAAGACCAUCGGCCAUUUAUCUUGAUUAUGAAAACGAGGGACAACCCGUUUUGUAUGUGCUUAACUUAUGGGGUAAAACCGCCGCCAAAUACCUAAUUUCUAUGCCUUAAAAACUUAUGAAUCAAUGCGCUCCUUUCGAGCGAUGUGUUUCCGGUGGCUUGUUAUUGUGUCAUAUUUUUUUCUGAUGAAGGAAUCACUUGAGCGAAUACAAGAAUUUGCUCUGCCAGAAUAUAGAAAGAAUCCAAAGAACAAAAGAAUCCUUGCUCUUGGUCUGCCCAGCAUUUUUUCUCAGAGUUGCGUUGAAAUAUAACUGAUCAAAAUAGUC